AGAUUGUUUAUAAUCAUUCAUGUGGGCAUCGACCGCUAGAGUGCUGUCCGAUCAGCUGUCUAGUCUCCCCUCACGGCUGUCCACACGUAGGAGCAGCUCACGACGUUCUAAGAUAUCCCCGUUAGCAUCAUCGUCACUCUGUCUAGCAUCAGCUGCCGCUAGCCUAGUAGCCCUCACCACAACGUCGUCAUCAUCAACAGUAUUGUGCGAGGAGGUUCCGGACAAGAAGGCCCGGCUUGGCAUACAAGACGCUGAGCGGUAUAUAUCCAGUGUAGUGCCGCAUAGACCUCAUUCGGCAGGGAGCAGCUUCGAUGUGGUGCAACGUGGAGGGACCGAUGUUUUGAAAUGGCAAUACUACUCCGACAACGGUGCGGACCUGUUUUACGCUCUUGUGGAUGUACUCAUGUCGAUAACAUCUGGGGAGGAAGAGGGGGACGUGCGAGUAACUAAGCUGGACGGCUAUUGCACCCCUCCACCACGGAAGCUGGCGGACAUCCAGGUUGUCUUUGGCCAGCCGGAAAAGCCUCGUGCCACUCUAGAUGUAUACUCUAAUUAUCAAGAAGGCACUGGAAGGAUGGUCACUACAUGGGAGCUCAGUCGGCCUACUGGACAGCUCACUCGGAAUGAUGUUGAUGUAUUACUUCGUGGCCUCACAGAGCAUGCAGUAUACAGGCCUCGACGCUAUAGUGGCACCGUUGAUCAGGACUCUGAUAUUGGGAGGGCCUUUGCUGAGCUAUUCGACCAAGUAUCUAUGAAUGAGGACGGACCGCAAGAGGGAGGGGCUAGACAACGUCGCGCGCCACAAAAUGAGAGCUCGAGGGAAAAGGCCAAGAGGGAGCUGGAGGAGAUGGGCAUUGACGUUAUCCUACCGCCCGAGGAAGGUACUACGAGUGAUGAUGAUGUUUGGAAGGGCCUAGUGGGCUACCCCCAGACCAAGGCUAGAGUAGAGGAGACGGUCUUGCUGCAAUUGAGGCAUCCUGACCUCUUCAAGAGGAUAGCUGAAGGGACCCGAGGGAAAGCGGCUCCUGCUAACAAACCCAAGGUGGUCUUAUUCGAGGGCCCACCGGGGACAGGCAAGACGUCAGCAGCGAGAUGUAUAGCUGCUGGAUGUGGUAUACCUCUGGUCUACGUGCCGUUAGAGGCUCUGUUGUCGAAGUGGUACGGGGAAAGCGAGAAGCAUCUGUCUAAGGUCUUCCAACUGGCUAGGGACUUGGUCCAGGAAGACUGCAAGGAAGGCUCGGGAGUGAUAGUAUUUGUUGACGAGGUGGACACCCUAGCAUCCAGCAGGGACGAUCCCUCAGGGAUGCACGAGGCCAGCAAACGUGUUUUAUCAGUGUUAUUAAGGGAGCUUGAUGGCUUCAGCACGCCAGGAAAGGCCAGUGCCAUGCUCAUUGCUGCUACCAACCGAAAGCAGGAUUUAGAUCAGGCCUUCGUGAGUCGAAUCGACACGUCAGUCGAGUUUGCUCUACCAGAUGAGGCCAGCAGGGCUGCCAUAUUCGGCUUAUAUGCCCGGCAGCUAUCUCAGAAGGACUGCGAGCAGUUGGCCAAGGUCUCGUCAGGUUUGAGUGGACGUAAUAUCAAAGAUGCAUGCCAGGAUGCCGAGAGGAGAUGGGCGGCAGCUAGGUUCAGAGAGCUCUCGAAAGAGAAAUAAACCCCUUGAUGACGCUACAGUGGGUCUACCUGAUCGUUCAACAUACGAAGCUUGUGUGAGAGAGAAGAGACAACAGCAACGUAGUGCUAGAAGGAGUAGUACUGAGAGAGCCCAAAUACCUCUAUUAUACACUGCCAAUUGAGCAGUUCAUAUUUA